UUGCUUGGGACACUGUCAGACGUCUGACGUUUCGUACAUUGUGUAAAGCGGAGCUGUGCAAACUAGCUGUCGGGAACAUUAAAAAACCAGCAAAAAGCCAAGAGCUGUGGAAAAGGGCAGAUUGACGCACGAUUUACACAGUGUUCAGUCGUGGAGCUGUGCGUUGUUAUUACAGUUAUUGGUUAUGUGCACGAUUCGUUUGCAAUAAUUGUCCAGUUUGUGGCUUGAAAUUGUAGAAAGCAAACAGCAAAAAUAGCGAGUGUGUCGAGACAGCGCACAAGAGAGUGAGAACGAGUGUGUGUGUGUGACUAGUAGGUGUAUGCGUGUGUUUUUUUGUUAGUGCGUUGCUCUUCGUCCGGAUGUCGUCGUCGUCGUCGUUGUACGCCAGGAAUGUGCGUUGAUGUUCACCGUCGCUCGAGUUCUAUUGCGCUGGGAAGCAAUUGUGGUGAAAAAUCGUCGCCCUGCUCGCAGCAUAACGUGCACAACCGUACGCAGCACCGUACGCAGUCAACAACUAUUACAACGACAGAGCAUCGGCUGCUAGGAUUGCGAUCAAAAUUGUGGUGUUCGGUGCAGCUAUCCAAACCGCCUGCGACGCACAUCCGCUGAGAAAGGUGUAAAUUGGUGGAAAAAGCAACCAAGUGCAUCGUUUUUCUCCGCCUCGUGGAGUUGUGUACGGUGCAAAGAGUGUGUAUAACCGUGCGUGCGUGUGUGUGUGUCUCGCCUCAUCCUUGAUUGGAAAGGAAGGAGCCUUCCCGUGUAACCGUGAUUGUGUUUGUGUGUGUGCGUAUUGUGUGUAGGAGCACGCAGUGUUGUCUAGUGGUAAGAGAUUUUCCAUCGGCACCUUCAGGCCUACUUCACCUUCCGCUCCGUGCCCAAGUUGCGUACAAGUGUCUCUGCAUGUGUAUGUGUGUGUGUGCAAGUGGAAAUCUAACGUGUGUAAGCGCAGGUCGCAAAACACGAAAUAAUAGAUAAAAAAUAAAAUAAACCGUCCAAAUAAGUAGCUAGAGCCGUGCCGUUGUGUGUCCCGUGUGUGUGUGGUGUUUGUAGUGAAAAAGCCCACAAUUUCCUAAUCGUGUCCUCGACACCGUCAAGUGGAAAACGCAUCUGAAUUUCAAUUCCAAAUCAGCAUUAAAAUAUGUCGCUCAAAAUGCUCAUCAACGGCAGGAACGAUGACAACCGGCGGAAACUGGUCGCUUCGUCAACGACGACGGCUGCCACCACCUUCCUGCUGGUGGUGCUGCUAGUCGUGAUCCCAUGGACAACGGUGACUGCUGCCGAGAAUGAUCAGAACUCUAACAAUCGGAACCUUAAUCUCGACAGUAGCUCGUCCUUCGGUGCAGCACCAUCGAACCAAAAUGAUAUCUACAUUGACGAUGAAGGUCUGGAAGGUUCCGGAAGCCGCGGUGAAGUGCGCGACGAUUUAGAGAAAGAGGACGACGAAUCUUCUGGCUCCGGUUUCGGAGACGAUGACGAAGAUUCCACCUCGAGUCGAUCGUCGCUAUCGUCUUCGUCGUCGUCUGGCGGCAAUCUAAACGUACUGCGCGGUGGCAGCGAUAACCUGCCAGGUUCAGGUGAUCAUGAUGAUAAUGAUCUCUACACAGACACCAACCUACCCAACGUUGAUCCAUCGACCACCGACGACGAAGAUAUGCCCAUUGGCAAGGAAAAUAACAAACCGAAAAUCCUUUCGUCCCCACCUGGAUCGUCGUCAUCGGGCGGAGGUUAUUCGCGAGCUGGAGAUAUCCUCGAAACGGGAGAGAACGACCUCGAUCUCGCUGGACUGCCCCGGCAUCACAUAACGCCCACAGAAGGCAGUAUCAAUCAUCACGAUAACACUCAGUACGGUGCUGGUAGUGGCGUUUUGAUAAUGAAUGCCAAGAACGAUGACCGAACGGCCAGCUUCUUUGCACAGCCUGGCAUUCUGGCAGCUGUGAUCGGAGGGGCUGUCGUCGGUUUGUUGUGCGCAAUACUGGUGGUAAUGUUUAUCGUUUACCGGAUGAGAAAAAAGGACGAAGGUUCGUAUGCGCUGGAUGAACCGAAGCGAUCACCGACGGCCAACACCUACGCCAAGAACGCGAACAACAGGGAAUUCUACGCCUGAGAUUACUCGAUAGACUCGAGUGACGGUGAUUUUUAAAAAACAGCUCCCUUUUCUCUAACGCAGCAACAUCCAUAGUAAACCUCGGCGCAAGCCAAUGGUUCGUGCGUUUAGCUGAAACGCAGAAGAAGAGGAAGACUUAAAAAUCGCCGAACAGUGCGAGAAGACAAACAUACACCUAGAGUUAGGGGAAAAAAGAGCGAAGCGAACGAAAAUAAGUCGGGGAUAAGAAAGAGAGCCUACGCAUGCCGCAGGACGUAAGGUCAUAUUUCUAGUAAGAAACGCUGAUACUACUAAAUAGUUGGUGGUAGCAGUUGGUGACAGACGGAAGGAUCUUUGUGAACGAGCCGUAGCAUACGAGGAAAACAAGCAAAAGGGAUUGAUUUAUGAAUGUAAUGCAUAUAGGCGCGUACGCACAAACCUACAUGCACUGCUCUAGGAAUUCAUUUAAUUUUCGGUAACCGGGUCCACCCGCCACGCAAUGGAACCUUGUGAUGGGUGGGUGUUAUUCGUUCUAAGAUAUGAUUUCAUGAUUAUGAGAAGCAUUUUGAUCAAGGUUUGGAGUGGUUGAUCCAUUCUGUUAGUUUAGUUUCGUUUGCAAUUUCCCAGUUCUGUAGGUUUGUGCGAUGAACGCGUCACAUCGGGGCUUAUGCAAAUUUCAUUUUUAAAAAUUGACCUAAGUUUUAAUGUGUUGGGCGUGUUAAGCUGAAUGAUGUCUCUCGAAUAAGUAAUCGUUGAACGUAGAUAUUAUGGGUGGGUUGUGUAUUGUGUUGUGCGUUCAUAUGGGAACACUGUUGCCCUAGAUUGAACAAUCUUCCGCAUGGUAUCUAUUUCUGGCAAGCAGCUAUAGUUAAAACUGGCAGCUUUUAUGGCAAAUUAUUGGGACAUUGUAUGAUGUAUUAGGUUAGUCGUCUUUAUCUUUUGUUUAGUUCAAUAAUGAUUUGGGUUUUCUUUUCUCACGAAAUAGGUCGGCUACACUGUCCAUCCUUUCACUCCAAAUUAACUCGCUGUCCUAGUUUGCCAUUUAUAAACGUGCGUACGAAUAGCGUGUAACCUACAAUGGGACUCUUGGGAAUCGUUCGAUAACUAUAUAAUCGAAAUUUCGGAUAACACAAACCUGAAAAUGAUAUAUGAUGAUAUAUAUCGAGUGGCGCUGAAAAACAAAACAAAAAAAAUAACAUGAAUCAGAAGGCAGAUUGAAGGCUAAGAACUCUGUAGAUUGUAAGAAAGGAUAGAUGUUACAUAUUUAUAAAAAUAAUAAGUGCAACAGAUGAUGCUGAUGAAGCGAAUGGAGGGAGUACCGUUGCCACCGAAUUGGUUGCCGGCACCAUGGUUAGAUUAGCAAAUCAAAUCCUGUAGUCCUAUGACUAACGGAGGAAGAAAGUGCGCACCACAUAAGCUUUCUCGUCACUACGUACGUACCCCCCUUGGUGUGUCUGUGUAUGUGUGUGCGCACUCGCCUCGAUAAGGAUAAUUAAUUGAUCUUCUCUUUGUGUGUCUCACUGUGCAUGUGUAUGUUGAAGACGAAAAGAGCAUGGAGAAGGAAAAUAGUGGCAAAUGGGCGGCUAAUACAGCAAACGACAGUAAAACCGAUGUUAAUGGCUAGUUAAUGUGGUUUUUAGUUCCAUUCGGUUAGACGAGUGAAAAGAAUUGUAAACAAUUAAACAAAACAAAACAAAAAUGCUUAAGAACACGCUCUGCCGUGCACGGUAGACAAGAAUGUAAUGGCAAUACUUUGUUGUGAAAGUAUAUAUAAAACAAGAAGGUAAAUAAGAAACAAUUGGCGUAGAGAAAGACAGGAAAUGGAAUGGAAAUUUGGCAAAAUACGCCACAACUACGAUAAUUUAUAAUGUUGAGUUUUAUAUACAUCCUGUAUUUUAUCUCCCUACGUUUCCAAACGCUUGAAUUCAAUCAAAACACAUAAAUUGUACUAAUAUUAAUCCCCUUAAGGUAGCACAUGUGUACGGCAAAGAAUGGAACUGAGUAGAUUUUGUCAGUAACACGAUGCGACAGAGAGGAAGAGGGAGAGAGACGAAGGGAAGAAAAAAAAACAAAACAAUACCCUACAAAAAAGGUAACCAAUCCAUCAAGUUACGAAUGUAGCGCUGAAAAUAUACCCAAAAGUAACAUAGGCUCCACACUCAUACAUAAUUGCCAUAAGUAAACGUAUACUGUUGAGGCUUUCGUUGAAGAAGAUGCAUUGUUGUCGGUGUACUGUCAAGGCACUGUCUGGCUUUUGGGGUGUUUUUAAGCUUUUUCCAAUACUCCAUCUACCAAUGGGAAAUGAAAAGGAUGCGUGAAUUGUAAACUGUUUCUAACACAGACAAAUAUUGAACCAACACAGAUGGCCCGUAAAUUGUAAAUCAUGAAGUACUCUUUUAAGUCGAACGAUUUCCACUGUUUAUCGACUAUUUUUGUUUCUCUUCAUUUCCUUGAACGGAGCAUCCCGUCCCACUAUUGAACGAAUGUCGUGCCGUUAAUUUCGGCACAAUAUUCGUUGCUGCAAUGGAUGAGAGCGAACCAAGGGAUUUAACUGCAAUGGUGAAAAUAGGAAGAAAAGUAGCUGCAUACAACUAUGAAGCGGUACUACACGUCGUCCGUCUGAAUCGAAAUAUCAUCUUGCGUAUAUCAAGUUCUCUGGACCAUCGAUAGAUAUCCUUUUGAAACAUAGGAUAGUUUAGAGAAGCGAAAUCCUAAGAUGCAAAUCACGUGGGCGUGGAUUAUUCGGUGCAUGUCCAGAACAUUUUACUGCUUCUAAAACCUACGAUCAAUCAGCCUGUAUCCGAUGGAAAAGGCUUAUCACAAACUGGAUUUACGGUGACAUGGAAAUGAUAUCAAUUUGAUAAUGCAAUUCACCCAUGCAGAUCGAAAAACACAAAACUAAACUAUACUAAAGGUCUGCAAAUGAGAAGCACAGUUGAACCAGUCAAUAGCACACCAACAUCAGAACAUAGAAGGAGAUGUUUUUGGGGAAAAAAGACACAUAAACCGACAAAGCUACAAAAAGGGAAACUAAAGGAGUAAACGAAAUAAUGUCUUAUUAUAAAAUUGAAUAAUCAUAUGAUAACAGUUAUAUCGGGGUGACAAUGCCGAGCAUUAUGGCAGAAGGACUCACAUCAAUCUUUUUUCUUUUACUUUUGGAAAUGUAAGUAAUCAUCCACCUCAAGCUUAAAGCAAAGUGCAGCAGGGACGCGCAUUCGAAGAUUCGUUCAAAAUGCUUAAAUCAAUUGUAAUAAGCUCGACUUUUCCUACAUCGCAGACUGAGCGUGUUGUGAAUUGAUUGACCGAUAAUUAGAUGGCAAAGGGGUUCAGUUAUUUCGGUUUGCUUCCGAUACUGAGAUUACAUUUUUCUUCAGUCGAUCUGGUCUAUUUUGCUUUCCUAGAGAUUUGCAUACGAUGAUCGGAUCCGUAAGGACAAUCCCAGUGUAAACGUAAGCAUAUGUACUCACGUUUAAAAUUGACGAUACAUCGAGGAAAUCAUGCGCUGAUGAGGUUUAUGCCUAAACUGAAAAGAACUUUUUGAGUAUGUGGAUAGUUGCGAACCGUUUCAAGUACUUUAAAGCUAAUUGAAGUAUGGAUCAAAACCACAGCGCGCGCAAGGCCUAACUCUAGGUUGCUUUUGAAGUAUUUCAGGCUAUAUACGAGGCGUACAAUUCAUUGCAUUACUCUUCGACCGGUUUUAGACUGAAGACGAACUAUUGAGGCGGAGGAAUCUGAGAUAGAAUUGUAGAGAAAUAACAUGGCAAGCUAGAUACUGGGAUUUAAACGCUUAAGCUAGCUCACUCUUCCACUAUUUUAUGUAUCUUUAUUGUUUAAGAUCUUACUAAAAAGCGUAUUUAACCCAUAGCUUUCAAAUGAUUUUACUUUGUUUCUAACACUUUAAUUUUGUGCCAUUGGUGAUGGACACCGUGUUGCGCGUUUGAUCCGUUCCUUGUAAGCGUUUUUGGCUUCCUCUUUUUCUCUUCCUUGUACAUGUCCCUAAUACAUACAAUGCUUUCAUGUGCGAUGAUCAUUCAGUCAUGCUUUCUCUGAAAUCAUUGAUCUAAAUCAGCUUGAUACAAUCACUAACAAUGUUUAUCGGACAUACGACAUCAAGAGGGUGUAGAACGUGGAUUCAGAUCCAGACAACCAAACAAAGCAUUUAUCUAUCAGUGAGCAACAGUUAGACAUUCCGAUGGAGAGUGAUUGAUUCAAAAUUUAAACCAUUUCACAAAACCAGACUACGGACCGUUUAUACUUGAAUGAAGAUGUAUUUGUUUCGUUAAGCGUAGCCAUCCAGACCAUGCUUUGUUGCAUGGUUCUAUGAAAAAUGCAAGUUUUACGUUUAAAACCACUUUGUUAUGAAGAGAAAUGUAACUGAAAUAGUAAACUGUUUGCUAAACUGGAAGCAAACAGGACGAAUAACUACUUUUGGGAUUACAGAACUAAAACAAAAUCGUUUUCGCCAGACAUACGUAGCCAAAUUUGCACAGCGAACUCUAUAUUCUGCGAAGCAUAACCAAACUAAAAGCAAAAAAUCAUACACAUUUCGAAUACAGCCGCAGCAGCAUAAGAAAAAAAAGGAACGAUAUUGAACACGGUCGUUUCAUGUAGUAAAGGGAAAUGAACAGCAGCAGGGGAUGAUGGAAAAUAAGAGAAAAUAAAUUUAAUAUACAAACACUACAAAAAAAGAGGAAUAAACACACAAUGGAGCGCAUUUAAGAGAAAGCAUUGUAAAUAAAAGAAUCUUUACAGUGUAAUAAACAAUAAAAGUGUUUUAUGCUCGAGAA